AUGGCUACCGCCUCACUGAUCAGCCCAAAUACAUCCUACCAACAUCACCAACAUCACAGCUCAUAUAGCUCUGGCUACCCGUACUCGGCGCCGACCACAGCAAUCCCCGGCAUGAUCUCACCAGUCGAGCCCCGCCGACCUUCCGACGGGUCCGAACCCGGCCACGCACACAGGCAGUCGCUGCCAUCGAUCUCGGAAGUAUUUAGCGACAGGAAACCACUUGGGUAUGCUCCGCCGACGUCUGCCGCACCUGGGCAUCCCGCUCCGAGCCUCCCUUCUCCCUUCACAUCAGCACCUCCACCACGGCCGUUCUCCGACCUUGCUAGUCCGGACAAGAACACAUCGCCAAGAACGUUUCAGCCGACAUCCUCUGUUUACCCCCGCAGCGACACGCUCCCUGCUUACUCCGACCCUGCGCGACACGCGCCGGGGCCCUCCAGUCGGCCCGUUCCCCCACCAUUGAACACUUUCCCCGGCCAACAACCGUCACCCCCCGUGAAAGUCGAGCAGCUCGAAGCAGAACAAAGACACGCCGAAUCGCAAUCACACCGCCCGCCACCACCACCACCGCCACAGCCGCAGCACCCGUCCUCGAGCUUGUAUGGGGACAGUGGAAGGCUUCCGCCGGGACAGCUCCCGUUGCCAACAUAUCCCAUCUCGCCGAGACAUGGGGCACCACCUCUUCCAUCACCAUACGAGCAGCAACGACCACCUGCUUACGGGGAAGAAGCCGACUAUGUCCACCACCGCCCAUCCGACUACAAGGCCAACUUUGACAAGCACUUCCAGACCACGGGUUAUCAAGGUGCGCUCGAAGCUAUCUUCCGGGCUUGUCGCACCGGAUACGACUUCGCCGAGGCGUACUCUACUGCCGCGCAAGAACAACAAGGCUCUCAACCAAUUCCGUCAAGGAUGCCGACGGAAAAUGAAGUCACCGAAUUGCUCAACAAUCUUCUGUAUGCGUCCAAGAAGUUGGAGGAUAUCCGAGAUAUGGUGCAGCAAAAUCGACUUCGGAACGAACGCGCGCGCGAUAGCACCGGCCGCAGCCCCGAGGAGGAAGACGUGUCUAUGUACGGCGAGGGGAUGAAGCCGGCUUACGCGAUGCACGAGGUCAAGAAGCGGCGCGGCCGUGCGGCUCCUCCUGGGCGGUGUCACAGUUGCAACAGGGUGGACACACCAGAAUGGCGGCGAGGUCCCGACGGUGCCAGGACCCUCUGCAACGCCUGUGGUUUGCAUUACGCGAAGCUCGAACGGAAGCGUCAACUCGACCAGCGGUCUAUCCGGCCAAAGCCCUCCGACGACCGAAAAUAA